AUGUCCGAAUGGGCCUGGAAGAAUGACGACUCCUUGACCGAGGGAACCACCGACCCCGACUUUGAUGCGUAUCAAAGCAAGACCUGCAAUGGGGAGACUUACUUAUUCGGGGGACCCGAGCUGUCGAAGCAGUGGCUCGGAGCGAGCCCGGACCGUGUAAACCUCGGAAGGGUCGAGCUGGCAUUACGAAGCGAGGAGGGCGCUGUCAUUGGUAUAACGGAGGCCGAACUGGAGGGCACGAGACAGAGGCUGGACCUACGGACAGGGACGAUGACGAGCAGCCUCCAAUGGCAAGGCGCGGAUGUGGUCGUACAGACGAUCUCAGCGCAGAGCAGCGACGCGGUCGGUUUCACUGCCACAUCCUCGCUGCUCGAGAGGGGCCAUCUCGAGGAGAACCGCUGCAUCCUCUCGCCGACACGGUCGAGCUCAUCCUUCUCGCUUGCAGUCGUUUAUGUGCCCGCAUUGCUAAGGACGAUCCCGACUGACGUUCAGACGGAAUCCAGGCGCGUGUGGGAGGACUACUGGUCCGCAGAAGGGUUCGUCGACCCUGUAACAGGAUCGAGCGACUCUCGCGCAGACGCGCUCCAGAGGCGGAUCAUCCUGUUGCAGUACCUGAUGCGCGUCAACGAGGCGGGCGACUCGCCGCCGCAGGAGCUACGCGCGUGCGAUGCUUCUUCCUUCCAAAGGGGCUCCAAGUGCUGA